AUGGUUGUGUUUGUUCUAAUGACGUUAUUGAUGAUACCUAAGAUCACUACAAAGAAAGAACGGCGUUCUAAUACUGAAACGAAAAAGAAUAAUAAAAAUUCAAAUUUGUUCGAAGCACUUCCCGCUCUCGUGAUGAUCAAUUCUUCACAGGUAAAAAUGUCAUCACCACAAUCGUCAUCAACAUCAACAAAUGGUUCCGCUCAUGAAUCUGAUUCAAAAGCAUCUAUGUAUGAUACAGUUAAACCAACAUCGGUUGAAAUCAACAGUUUACCAUCAUUAAAUGGUAACAGUAAUGGCAUUUUCGAGAAUAAUACAGAUAAUUCGAUACCAGCAACAUCUUCGUCGAAAUAUGUUUUAAAAUUAAAAGUGGGUGGUCAUGAUGAAAACAAUUUGGUUGAAACACCAAAAACUACAAACGAUGUGAAUGGUCAUCAUUCAUCCCAAGGCGAUCCCGUUAAACCUCCAUUAGAACCCCUAAUUGUUCGUGAAAUGCCUAAAGAAAGUUAUAAUAAUAAUAAUAGCAACAAUAGUGUAAUUGAAGAUUUAAUAUUUGGCACAUUAGCAAAGUCUUCAAAGGUUUCAAACGGAGAUGUUGAAAAUGAAAAUACUGCUUCUUCUACAGCAACCAAUCCUUCCCCACGAAACAAUAGUACGGGUGAAAUGGAUUCUUCUUAUAAUAACGACAAAAAUCUUGGCUCAAGUAUGAUUAGUGAUGUGGGUUUUGAUAGUGGUCUGGCAUCAUCAACCGCUACACCAACUCCAUCGAUAUUACCAUCUGAUGAUGACACGAGUGGCUCGUCGAUUUCAUCCGUUAAACUAAAUCCAUCCACAUUGAAAAAUAUAAACGAGAACGAUUCAUCCGCUACUGCAACCACAUUCGAUACAGCAUCAAUAUCGAGUUCAACAACAGUUACUGGCAGUAUGUUUGAUGAUCGUAAAUUCGAUAUCGACGAACCGAAACAUGAUGCUAAUCAAGGGAAUGGUGGUGUUUUUCAACCUGAACCAAGUUCAGUUAAAGAUACUGUUAAAGUGUUUGAAGCAGCAUUAGCCGCUGGUAAUGAACAACCGCCGUCAUCGUCAACAGCACAAGGCAAAAAAGCAUCAACAAUGAAAACGUCACCAGUUACAAAAGAUCGUCCAGUAACGAAAGGUUCCAAUAGUUUUUCAUCAAGUGAUAAAAUUAAAUCAUCAAAAGAUCAGAUAUCACCGUUAGGGUCGUCAAUCGGUUCAAGUGAAAGCUUUGAUACAGCAUCUACAAUAUCCUCAUCUUCAGUUAUAACAGGUGCGAGUACCGGUUUAGGACAACCAGAGCAGAAGGACACAAAAUCAAAAUCAUCUAAAAAACGUCCAUCACUCAAAAAACAAAUACAACAUUUACUCAAAAUUGAUAAAUCUUCAUCAUUACAACACGAUGGUUCACAUAAACAAGAAAAUGUUAUUCAAGAAGAACCAAUAACAUCGUCACCAUCAAUGUUAUCAACAGCAACAACGAAUAGAAAGGCAAAUACAUUGAAUUCACGAAAUACAAAAUCAGAUAAACGUGAUAAAAAUGGUACUGAUGCUAAUGAAACAAAAUCGCGUACAUCCCCGUUACAUAGUCCAGAUUCAUUGAAUGGAAAAUAUGACAAAGAUUUAUCAUCAAUGCUAAUGGAUGAACAAAAAGCAAAUAUAUUUAAAAAACGUCCAUCACCUUCUACAUCAUCAUCACAACAACAACAACAACAAAAACGUACAUCACCAAGAGAAUCUGUUGAAAAAACGCAGACAACAACAAAAGUAACGGAGUUUAAUAUGAAUCCACCAAUUUCAAGAACAACGGAACCAUUAGAAAUUCGAAUAUCUAAUGAUCAUGUAUUUACAAAGAAAAAAUCUGUUUCACCAUCAUCAACAUCAAAAACAGAAGGAUUAUUACAACAAAAUGAUGGUAUAAUAUCUGAUAAAAUGGCUGCUACAAGUGAAGUGGAUGGAAAACGUUUAGGUGUAUCAAAGUUAAUCUCAGCGUUUCAAACAUCAAAUAAUAAUCAAUAUGGUACUGACGGCAAUAGUGAGUUAGAACAAACGAUACUUGUUCCAAGGUUGCAACGAUUAAGCACAAGUCCAGAUAUAGCGGUUAGUAAAAAUUCUUUCGUUUUUUGUUGA